GCGUGGGAGAAUUGAACGUUGUCGCGCGAUAGGGAACCGAAACAGAGGGGAUAUAUUAGGCCUUACCCAGUCAAAUUGUUAUAUUUUCACUGGUAAUAGAACCUACAACACUACUCAUCGCAAGAUAUUCCGAUGGUUGUUUUUCACAUCUAAGAAUUUCAGCCUGGCGUGUUGCUGGUACCAGUUGCAGAUGUUUGGAACCUAAGCAAGUGGGUACUUGAGCGUGGUAGAACUCAACAAGUAUAACCAAUCAUUGGUCACUUAACAGCCAGCGCUUUUGAGGAAAACCAAAACGGAAAGUGAUCUGGGCAGUUGUAACACCAUCACCUCUACCUGAUAUUAAAGGCAGUUGUUAACUGGCCAUUGAGUUCCUGCAUUCUCAAUGCAGUGAAAGCAAAGAUGGGUGCCAUAGGGUGGUACAGACUACAGAGACUGGUCAUAGGUCUUUUCCUGUAUGUGUUAAGUGUACAACUGAUAAUACCGGUAGAAGCAGAUGCAGAUCCCUCUAGGACCAGUCCCAGAAACCUCAGUGUGACCCCAAUUAAGUUAACAACGGUGACCCUGAAUUGGGAUGUUCCACUUGAUGAAGGGGUAUAUAACUAUGAUGUGAAGUACUGGAGAACACAAAAUAAAUCCCAAGUUUGGACCAGACAUGUGUCAAACAGGACGAUAUACAGUGUGACUGAUCUGCAGAUAAGCACCAACUACACAUUUACGGUCUGCAUCACUGGGAGCCCUGAACUUAGCACAAAUGAAGUCACGGCAUCUGGAAUCUUGCCAAGGGGACCAUCAAUUAAAAAGGAUAUCGUCACUAAGCUGACUAGAAGGGACACAGAAAACGUCAAAUUUAAGUGCUCUGUUGAUGGCUACCCACGGCCCAACAUCACUUGGUGGAAAGGCAAUGUCCAACUGAAGACAGGUGCUGACAUAGAGGUGAAGCAGGUAAAAAUGAUCAUCACUGAUCUCAUUGAAGAAGACAGUGGUAACUACAGAUGCGUUGCCCGCAAUGAUUAUGGAACGUUAGAAGUCAACUUUACUUUGGAGGUCAUUGCCGAUUAUACUGAUGACUAUACGAUGUCCAGUUCAGUAAUAAAGGGGGAGGAAUCAACCAAUUCAUAUGACGAUCCCAUGCCACCAGUGUUUGUCAAAGAAAAACUCUUAAAGCCAAACAUAUUUACAGUGGCAGGUGAUAAAAUCAAGCUACACUGUCCAAACAAAGGUAAUCCGCACCCCACUGUAGUCUGGCUCAAGAAUGGCCAACUGAAUUGGGAUCAGCAGAGCAGUGUCCACGAUAGGGUGACAAUCAACGGUCCGAAACUGAUAAUUGAUAGACUCAUGCCGUUAAUUGAUGAAGGCAGAUACACGUGUAUUGUGAGCAAUGAGAUGGGGUCCAUUAAUCAUACAACUGUUAUAGAUAUCACAGAGAGGAUUGCCACUCGUCCCAUCAUAACUGAACUUACAGACCAAGAAGUGGUAGUUGGAAGUAACGUUUCAUUUGAGUGCAAAGUAGUGAGCGAUGCAACACCACAUAUCGUGUGGUUGAAAAUGGAGGCACCAAAGAACUUCACCCAACUUCAAACCAUGAAGGAUAAGCUGGAUUUGAUAGUUCCUACACACAAGGUUGAGCUUGGAAAUAUUUCUGAAGACUUAAUAGAGAAAUGGACGAACAACUUGAAUCUGAAAUGUACUGAAGUCAUGACUACAUAUCUUUCAAAUUACAGCCACUGGAAGUGCAUAACUUCAGAGACUUUACAACCAAACUUGGAGAUUGAAAAGCUACCCACAGUGAUAGACAGAGACUCAGGACAAGAUCUGAAGGUUCAAGCCCAGAUGUUGAAGAUCUACAAUGUAUCAUUUGACGAUGCUGGAAUGUACUCAUGCCUUGCUGGUAAUUACCUAGGCAUUUCUCGAUCGAGUGCCUUGCUGUCUGUUGUUGCAGUUCCCACCCUUCCGCCACCAACCUCAGCUCCAGUUGUCAACAUAAAUCGGCCUGUCCAUUGGAACCAACAGAAAACAGUCAUGGUAGUUGCCAUUGCUUGUAGCUGUGUCAUCCUGGUUCUCUUUUGCUUCAUUUUCCUGAUGUGUUUCAAGAGCAACCAACGACACACUAAGAAUUCUAUCAUUGUUGGACCUGGCAAGGCUCCACUCAUACGGCAGUUUUCAGCAGAUUCAGGGCAGUCAUCAGGUCCGUUGGUCAUUGGCCGAUCACGUUUAUCCUCUUCACUCACUGUGGUAUCUGAGUAUGAAGUGGUGUUGGAUCCUGAAUGGGAGUUCCCUAGAGACAGGUUAAGUCUGGGUAAGGUGCUUGGUGAAGGGGCCUUUGGCAAGGUUGUGCUGGCUGAGGCAGUGGGCAUUAGUAACAAAGAACAGACAUCAACGGUGGCAGUCAAGAUGCUCAAAGGAAAUGCAAGUGAACGCGAGUUGUCUGAUCUAGUGUCUGAGCUGGAGAUGAUGAAGAUGAUCGGCAAACACACCAACAUUAUCAAUCUCCUAGGAUGUUCUACUCAAGAUGGUCCUCUGUAUGUCAUUGUUGAGUAUGCUCAUCAUGGCAACCUACGUGAUUUCCUACGUCAACGUCGACCACCGGAGAAUGCUGAGAUGACUGUCAUGUUGCCUGGCCAUGAACUACUAACCAACAAGGAUCUUAUAUCGAUGGCUUAUCAAGUGGCUCGUGGCAUGGAAUUCCUUGCCUCCAAGAAGGCCAUCCAUCGUGACUUGGCUGCCCGUAAUGUACUUGUUACUGAGGACUACAUCAUGAAGAUUGCUGACUUUGGGCUUGCCAGGGAUGUCCACUACAUCGACUUCUACAAGAAGACGACUGAUGGCCGCUUACCAGUCAAGUGGAUGGCUCCUGAGGCACUGUUUGAUCGUGUCUUCACUACUCAAAGCGACGUCUGGUCCUUCGGAAUCCUGCUGUGGGAGAUCAUUACCUUAGGUGGUACUCCGUACCCUAGUGUACCAGUUGAGAAAAUGUUUGAUUUUCUCAAGAGUGGUAAACGUCUGGAGCAACCUCAGAACUGCUCAUUGGAGAUCUAUCACAUCAUGAGAGAGUGUUGGCACACUUCACCUGGACAACGACCAACUUUCUUUGAUCUUGUGGAAGAUCUCGCAAGGAUUAUAUCCCUCUCCUCCACUCAAGAUUACUUGGAUCUAGAAGCGCUGGGUGAUGCCCCAGUAACGACUUUUGUGGAUGCUGAGUUUGACUCCGGUAAUUCCAGUCAACAUAGUCGACAUAGCAGUGAGUCCACUGUUUGAUCUAUACACUGAUGCUGUUUCCUAGAAGACCUCUUUCAUGCAUGCUUGCGUGACGGUCUUGCUGUUACCAGACAGUAGUGCAUAUUGGAUCUUCUUUGAGAAAGUGGUAACUCUGGAAGGAAGUGAGUCAACUUGUCAAUAGCUCAAUGAUGGAAUGAUACCAAGUCUUCAAAAUGAUGGGAAACCCAGACCUUUCCAAGUGGACCUUGAGUUGUGUUUUAGACAUUUUGUUGAGAUAAAAGUUGCUUUACAGGCCAUGCAAUCUAUUUGGUGCUCUGUGAUUGGACACUACAGAAGUGAUGAAAGCUGUAAAAACCAGAAUGCAUGGGAUGAACAUUGGUUUGUGAAUUUGCAGUUUGAAACUUGAACUCAUUAGUUUGGUUGUUGUGUCAGAGCACUCUGGUCUCAGUGAGAUUAACACUUGGACAGAGUCCAGGCUGAAUAUAAAUAAGUUAGAGAAAGAGAAAAGACUGUAAAUGACAGUAUUUGCUGCAAGAAGUGACGUUGGCAUAGUUUCUGGAUGAGAUGGUGAUGACUGAUUUGCCAUGGCUUUCAUGCUGUGACCCUACUGCCAUGUACAUAGACGCCGAUGCUGCACUCCAGUAGUAUCGUGUUUCCGAUGUCAUCAAGUGUUCCUCUUGUCAUGAGGCCUCUCAAGUUAAGCCUGAAUUUGCAAUCUGGAGUUAGAGGACAAGAAAACCCAACCUGCAGUCAUCAUGAAGACGAUUUGUGGAACAAUAACUAUUUACUAGUGGAUAGCUCCUGAUGUUGAGAAACACGAUGUGAUUGGAAGACAGUAUUAUUUAAGCCUAGGUUAAUGUAUUGUGGUUGUAAACCUGAAAGGGACCACUGGAAGUAUGUAUUCAGUGAAUUGCCAGCAAUUCACCAUUAAGUGUCUUAUUUUUCUGACUAUUGGUACGUUGUUUUGUAGAAAAAUCAUAUCAAUUGUCUCACAAGCUUAUUUAAGCUGAGCAAGACAUGGACAAGGCGGUAGUUUUGAAAAGCAGAAAAGUAGAAUCUAAUGUUGAAAUAAGUAAUCAGCUUUAGCUGAAGCAACAUUUCGCUUAGCAGGUUGAGUGCCAUGUAAAGUCUAUUUGGAAAAGUUUUCAAUCGGAACAAUCAGCACUACUUUCAAAGGAGUGAGAACUAAGUACAUCUUGUCUGAUACAUUGUGUUUUACUUUACUGAUCAUUGAAUAAGAACGUCUUAAUUUCAGUACUUGGCCAACAACAAAGCAAUUGUACUGCUUAUAUAUCAAUUAAUGUUGUAAAUAAAUUAAGAAAUAUUCAUAAGCAGGUACAAAAAACGUGCAGCAAAAAAAAGAAGAGAAAAAAGUGAUCAAAUAAGUGACAUGAUAAAUAAACUGAUCUGAUAAAACUUACUAUUCUAUACUCUGUGUUAAAAGAAAUAUGAAAAAUAGUCAGGAAAAAAAACUUGUGCCUUCGGGUUUUGCUGUUUGAAAACUUACAAGAAGAUGCACAUAAAGAGAAGAAAUUCAGUGCACACAUAUAUUUUCAUUUCUUGUCUAAAUUCAUAAGCAGGUUUAUUUUUCAAGAAUAAAGCAAACAAUUUAUUUCUGAUGACUUCUAAAGGUCUGGUGCCUUUAAAGAGAUGCAAAGAUUAUCAGGUGUGACUGGUUGAAAUUCAUGAGGCUGCUUGAUGCUAAAAUACAAAGGGGAAACAUAUCAGACUUCGUCAUUGCUUGGAAUUAUGAACUAAUCUUUAAAGUUAUUUUUCAUGCUGGGAUUGUUCAACAUAUUUAUUUUUUCAAUGUUGAUGUUUCAAAGCAUGGUAAGAAACAGUUCAGUCAGUUUGUUUCCAUUUUUCUCGUCAUACUUUUGGAUCGGUGACUGAGUGCAUUUCUUAAUUGUUCCAAUUUUAUGUGAACUUUCAUAUGCUGCUUGUUUACAUGGAGACCCAUUUGUCAUUUCUUUUGGCAAGAAUGUUCGCAUGUUGUAAACUUUAUAUUUUUAACAGCAAGCGUAUUCACCUGUUUGAAUUUGGUACAGUUGCUUUGAAGUUUUGAUUGUACAUGUACAAGAAACUUGCAAAAGUACAUCAUUGGUGCCUGUAUAGAUAUUUUUUGGUGUGUGUCACUUGUAAAAUGUAUCAUAGUUUUAUUGUAACAAAAGGCUGACUCCUUAAUUGUGUUUAUGAAAAGUUGCAGAAAUAUGACUCUAUUUUACUUGUGAUUUUCUAAUUCCUCAAAACCUUGAAAGACUGUAAAGUUACAUUUUUAUGAUUUAAAAACAGAUCAUAUCUUGAGCACUUCUAGUUUGAAACAUUUCACAUUGUGAGUUUGGAAAAGGGAAAUAAAGGUCAUUUUUGAGGAUUUUUUGAGAAACUUUUUCUGGAUUUUUAAAAAAAAUUUUGCUUAUGAAACAUCAGUCUGAAUUUACUUCAGAUUGAAAAUAAUGCUGAUGAUGCUUACAGUAUUCCUUUUGAUAUUUGUCAAAUGUCUCAUUUUACAAGCCAUUUUAAAUCACUUUUUGAAUGAUCAUAAUGUCAAAAGUUGGUCACAAAAUGUUGUAGAAAAAGUAAACUGUUCAAAAAUAUCAUGUUGACAGUAGUUUUCAUAUCUUAUGUUAAGUGACAUACAACUCAGCACUACGUAUUCCUAUUGUUUACAUAUUGCAUUGCUACAACAUUGUACAUAGUAUAAAUAAGUUGAUAAGUCUAUAGAUCUUGUAGUUUAAGGGUGUAUGGCUAAUUCAUCUGUGAAGUGCAAAGCUCUGGGCCCUGUUUCAUGAGGCUGCUAUGAAAAACAGAAAUUAUUGCUUAGGAAAUUGGUAUGCUUAGCGGAAGUCAGCCGGGAUUAGUUAAAAUAUAUAUAUAGGAUGCACAACAGUUGAUCUAAUAACCAGAGUUUGCUAAGGAAAUAGUUUCUUUCUUUAGUAGGUUUAUGAAGUGGGUCGUUAGUGUUGGCAUUAAAGCAGCACUCACUGCAUUGGCUUGUAGAGGUAAACCAUUUGAUAAACAUACAUGUGAGCUGAAGAAGCCUGUAAUUGGUGUUGAAGUUCAACUGUGCUGUGUGACGCUGGACAUUCUUGAUAAGAUUUGGUAAUUGUAGUAUUCAACGUCUGCUGGUUACUGAAGCUGUGUAUGAUCUAUUGCCUUGUAAAAACCUCAACAUGAUCCACAAGCUUGGCAAGUUUAAUAAAAAGCAAAAUUAUGCACACUGUUCAAAGCAGAAUGAAUUAGCAAAACAUAUGAGGAGCCGUAUCAAAUUCUAUGUAUAUUUAUCACAGAAACCAUGCUUAGUUGUAUUUAAAUACCAUAGAAAUCUAGUUGUUAUUGUGUAAGAAUUAGUUUUGUAGUUGUUAGAUGUAUCCUUUAAAAUUGUUUGUAAAAAUAAUCAUAUUUAAAUUAGUGAAGCCUUAGGUCUACUUUGCCAUGAUCAGGUAUUGUGGUGAUCUGUUGUCAAAAAGUUAACAUCAUUAUUUAAGCAGAAUUUGGAUCAAAUUCAUGUUGAUACAUACUCUACCAAAUUUAAGCUUGACUUCUGAAGAAUCUUUUUUAUUCCCAAAGUAAUUUAAUUUUUUUUCUCUUACUAGUAAAAUUAUGAAUGACUUAAUUUUUCAGACCAAAUGUUAAACCUUACCUGUGACGUUAAAAAUAAUUCUGAAUUUAUCAUGUGUGUGAUCCAAGGCAGAGAUGGAUCAGACAGUAGAAAAUUAAGUUAAACACAUUACCAUGGUAACUGACAAAUUUGUGGUAUGUUAUCUGAUGAUUGGCAAAGACAAAACUUUGUUUAUGGUCUUUUCAACACCAGUAAGGGCAAAUCAUAAGUCGAAAUUGCAAAGCAAAAGGAAGGUCACUGAACACUUUCAAAUUUCUUGUCCCAUCAACAUUUUAGGUUAAUCUUGGAUUCGAAAACUGUCCUAAAAUUUACCAAUAUGAGUCGUUCCAUUGAUUCUAAAAUGCAUGUCUUUGUAAUCAAGCUUUGAAAUUGAGUUUCACAGAUAUUCAGAUCUUGGGUUGUCCACUUUGUAUUCCAUCUGUGAUUUUUUCCUCUCACAGUCAAGUCUUUCAAAAUCAUUUAAUUGAAAACUGAGAUCCCCAAAAGAUGCAGAAUCUAGCUGUUAUACUCUCUUUAAUUAAUGGACCAUUCACAAAUGACAUCGCAUUUUAUAUUUAUAUCUUAAUUGCUAGUUAUGACUCGCUAGAAAGCAAACUAUUGUUUCGGGGACAUCUUUCAAAAUAGAUGACCUUCAUAGCACUCUGCACAAUAUGUGUUUUUAUGGCAUUUUCAUUUUCAGUUGUUUAUAAUGAAGAGUUUAGUGCUCUGAACAAUUACA